AUGUCGGUUGAAAGUUCAGUUGUUGUGCCUGCUUACCAUGAAAAAUUGAACAUCAGGCCUUUGACAACAAGGUUAUUUGCUGCGUUGGGCAAUAAGGACUCCAAGAAAACUGAGUUGAUAUUUGUGGAUGACAACUCAAGAGAUGGUUCUGUAGAAGAAGUUGAAGAAUUGGCUAAGCAAGGGUACAAUGUGCGUAUAAUUGUUAGGACAAACGAAAAAGGGCUUUCCAGCGCUGUUUUGAGAGGGUUUUACGAAGCAAAGGGAGAUUACGUGAUUUGUAUGGACGCUGACUUGCAACACCCUCCAGAAAGUGUGCCUCAAUUGUUAGAUGCGUUGAAAACAUAUCCAUUUGUUUUGGGCACUAGAUAUGCUCCUGGCGUCGGUAUUGACAAAGACUGGCCUCUAUACAGAAGGGUUAUUUCCACUGGUGCCAGGAUGCUAGCCAGACCAUUGACAACUGCUUCAGAUCCUAUGUCCGGCUUUUUUGGCUUACAAAAGAAGUAUUUGCUUCACGAGGACGCAAGAGGAAUCAACCCGCAAGGAUUCAAGGUUGCAUUGGACUUAUUGGUGAAAUUACCUCUGCCCCGCAAUAAUCCUAUCGGCGAAAUUCCCUUUUCGUUUGGUGUUAGGACCGAGGGUGAAUCGAAGCUUUCUAGUAAAGUUAUUGUUCAGUAUAUCCUACAGCUAAAGGAAUUGUACAUCUUCAAAUUCGGUGUUGUCAACUUGACCGUCGCUAUCGUAUUAUUCGUGGUUGUUGUCUCCCGUAUUCUAUAUGAACUAGUCGCUUAUCAGUUCUAA